GAAGCCAGCCUCCCUGCCCAUCUGUCUGUCUGUCCUGCGUCUGUCAGGACCAGCUCGCUUCACUCCUGCUCUGCCACAUUGUCCGCAAUGGCAUCCAGGGAUCCCCUGCACGUGAAGACACCCAUUCGAGACAGCAUGCCCCUGUCCAAGGUGGCGGGCACCAGUGUCUACCUCAAGAUGGACAGCUCCCAGCCCUCUGGCUCCUUCAAGAUCCGGGGCAUAGGGCACCUCUGCAAGACGUGGGCUGAACGAGGCUGUCAACACUUCGUCUGCUCCUCGGCUGGCAACGCAGGCAUGGCGGCCGCCUAUGCCGCCCGGAAGCUGGGCAUCCCGGCCACCAUCGUCGUACCUAGUACCACUCCAGCCCUCACCAUCGAGAGACUCAAGAACGAGGGAGCCAUGGUCAAAGUGGUGGGGGAGUCGCUGAACGAGGCCUUUGAGCUGGCCAAAGCCCUGGCCAAGAACAACCCGGGCUGGGUCUACGUGCCACCCUUUGACGACCCCCUCAUCUGGGAAGGCCACACGUCCAUCGUGAAGGAGCUGAAAGAGACGCUGAGCGCCAAGCCAGGAGCCAUCGUGCUGUCGGUGGGCGGCGGGGGCAUGCUGUGCGGUGUGGUGCAGGGGCUGCAGGAGGUGGGCUGGGGUGAUGUCCCUGUCAUUGCCAUGGAGACCAUCGGGGCCCACAGCUUCCAUGAAGCCACCAAGGCCGGCAAGCUGGUCACCCUGCCGCAGAUCACCAGUGUGGCCAAAGCCCUGGGUGUAAGCACAGUGGGAGCACAGGCCCUGAAGCUGUUUCAGGAGCACCCCAUCUUCUCAGAGGUCAUCUCGGACCAAGAGGCAGUGGCUGCCAUCGAGAAGUUUGUGGACCAUGAGAAGAUCCUGGUGGAGCCGGCCUGCGGGGCGGCCCUGGCGGCCGUGUACAGUGGUGUGGUGCAGAAGCUGCAGCGUUCGGGGAAGCUGUGCAGCCCGCUGUCCUCACUAGUGGUCAUCGUGUGUGGCGGCAGCAACAUCAGCCUGGCCCAGCUGCGGGCCCUCAAGGAGCAGCUGGGCAUGUGUAAUGGGCCGUCCGAGUGAGGCCUUGUCCACAGGACCGUGUCCACAAGUCCAGGCCUGCCAGCUCCCCUGCUCCCACACCAGGGACGGACACCUGAGCUGACCCCUCAGCGCCCGUGACCACUCUGGGACUGUCGGCAUGCAACAGCCACCCACAUCAUGCACCUGCAGCAGGGGCGGCGUGGGUGGGAGGGGCCCGGGGCACGGCAGGACGUGCCCCCCCCCCCCCGAAGCCUGGUGUCCCCAGCCUGUGCUCUCUCCCCAGGAAGGGGGCUAAAGCCAAGGCUUGGGCGGGGGGGCAGCUAUGCCCCUCCUCACACCCCGCCUUGUUUUUCUAAUGUGAAGAUUUUUUCAGAAACCAAGAACAUAUUUAUGCAACCAAAA